CGUCCCCUUGACCAAACUUGAAAGCUCUGUUCCGGUCUCCCGUCUCGCCUAGCCUCCUCCUGCCCUCCGCUCGCCUAGGGUUCGCUCGCGAUGGACCAGGGCGACGUCGCCGUGGCCGUGCCCCCCGCCGCCCCCUCCUCCUCCUGCGCCGGCGCCGGCUGCAAGAAGGGCAAGCGCUUCGAGAUCAAAAAGUGGAACGCCGUCGCGCUCUGGGCCUGGGACAUCGUGGUCGACAACUGCGCCAUCUGCCGGAACCACAUCAUGGACCUCUGCAUCGAGUGCCAGGCGAACCAGGCCAGCGCCACCAGCGAGGAGUGCACCGUCGCUUGGGGAGUUUGCAACCAUGCAUUCCACUUCCACUGCAUCAGCCGUUGGCUCAAGACCCGUCAAGUGUGCCCUCUAGACAACAGCGAGUGGGAGUUCCAGAAGUAUGGUCACUAAGACAGUCAUGGCCGGGGGGCGAAGUUAUUUCAUGGUUAUCGUACUUUAGUGCUAUUAGUGGUAACUCCUGGUUAAGAAUAGUGGAUGGGUGGUUGAUGUUCCUUGAGCUUGGAUUUUUGUUAAACCACAUGUAUCCUUGUCGACUACUGUUCAGCAAAUCGUCCCUGAGAGCUACUGAUGGAUCUCUCUGUUUUUCUGGAAUUUAAGUGUGAAUUUGGUGGGUCUCA